AUGAAGUUUAUCAACAAUGUCUCCCUCACAGCCACGUUACUAUCUUUAAUACCCAUUAUAACUGCCAAUCCAGUUGACAAAACAUCAGCAUCUUCUCCAUCAAUACAAAAUUUAAAAAUCGACUUUAACGUCAGGAGGGGUUCAUCGAAAGAAGAUUUAUCUCCUACUGAUGACUCCAAACCGAGGUUUGUUAAACGUGCUGAUGAAGAUGGAUCUUUUGAAUUGGAAUUAACCAAUAAACAAACUUUCUAUUUAGCUGAGUUACUUAUUGGUUCAAACAAGGACAAGAACCAAGUGCUUGUUGACACUGGAAGUUCAGAUCUCUGGGUGAUGUCACACGAUCUCAAGUGUGUCAGUCUGAGUUCCUCUUCAUCAUCAUCAUCAUCAUCAUCAUCCAGCUCCAGUAAGAAAAAGAGAGACCCUAAAAAUAUAUUUGGUUACGCAAGUGGCUCUGGGGUCAAGUUCCCAUUUGAAGACAACAAUGCAAAGCAGCUGAGAGAUUAUACUACUGCAGAUACACAAGAGGAGCAAAAGAGAGAAACUCCAACAAAAUCAGAAAACGCUGGGGGUGAUGCUGAUAACGAUGAUGACGUAAACAAACGUGCCGAUAGUUAUUACUACACCACUGUCUACCUUUCAUCAUAUCCAGACGGCACCAGCAACCCAGCACCAGGUGGUGGAAUAGGCUCUGGCUCAAGCUCUUCGGGUGGGUCGGGGUCCGGCUCUGACUCCAACUCUUGUACAGAAUAUGGUUCAUUCAAUACGGGAAAUUCUGAUUCCUUUGUUCGUAAUGAUACUGACUCAUUUUCUAUUGAAUACGCUGAUGGUUCUUAUGCCAAGGGAAUCUGGGGUUACGAUACUGUGAGAAUGGGCAAUAUAUCUGUACCCGAUUUAAGUUUUGCCAUUGCUAAUGAAACUUCGAGUGACAUUGGUGUAUUGGGAGUUGGAUUACCUGGGUUGGAAACAACUACGCUGUAUGGAUACAUGUAUGAAAACUUACCUAUCAAGUUGAAGUCAGAUGGCGUCAUUAAGAGAGUUUUGUUUUCGUUGUACUUGAAUGAAGCCGAUGCCAACUCUGGUUCUAUCUUGUUUGGUGCUAUCGAUCACGCUAAAUAUGAGGGUAGUUUGGAAACAGUGUCUAUGUUGAAGACUUAUAGCCAAAUUGAUUACCCCGUGAGAUUUGAAGUUGAAGUCAACAACAUCACCCUUAAUAACAACAAGGGUACUACUGCUACUGUCAUGACUGAUUCGGUGGGAGCUGUUUUAGACUCGGGUUCAACUUUAUCGUACUUGCAUUCAGACCAAAUUAAAGCCGUGGGUGAGGCCCUUGAAGGUAGUUAUUCUAGUAGUGCUGGUGCUUACAUUGUUGAUUGUCGGUUUUUAAAAACUAAUUCAACGUUGGAUAUUCAAUUCAGCGGCAAGACAAUUAAAGUACCCGUGUCGGACUUGGUCUUACAAGCUAGUCAAUCAACUUGUUACUUGGGUCUUUUUGAACAAUCAUCCAGUUCGUCAUAUAUUUUGUUUGGAGAUAAUGUCUUGAGAAGUGCUUAUGUUGUCUACGAUUUGGAAGAGUAUGAAGUCCACAUUGGUCAAGUUUAUUAUACUGACGAUGAAGAUAUCGAAGUUGUUGAUGGAAGUGUCUCAACUGGUGGAGGACAAAAUUCAACUAGAAUAGGCUCAAGUGGUGGAUCGAGCUCUUCUUCAUCUUCAUCUUCAUCAAACAAGAAUGGUGGAUUAUCGAUGUACAAUUUGUCUUGGUGUUAUAUUGUUGCAGGAUUGUUGGUCUCUUUGGGUUAUAUGUUAUAG